UCAGAAUUUGAAUUUUUCAGGAAAAAUGUGAGAGUUUCUAACAGCCUAACUGUGGCUUUUCUUUACUAAGUGGUUUACUAAAUAAUCAAAUAAUCAAUAAUCUGUGAUUUUUUGUUUACAAGCAUAUCAUGGACAUCUUGUGCAGUACACUGUGCACAGUACACAAUAAACUCUUGAACUAUAAAGUGUACAUAGAAUAAUCUGUAGUGUACACAAAAAGUACAUAAACAUAGUUUGAACUAAACCAAAUAAAAUGAAAAUAAAACGGUGAAAAAAUAAAGUUAGAAUGACAAGAAAUAGACAGUUUUGUCUCGAUAUUUGACUUCAGUGAUAUUAUUGAUAAAUCAAUCGAUACUCAAGGACCAAUACGAUGUUUAAUCCGUUGACGGACCCCCCGGGAUACUUGACUGCCUUUAGCGAGUGCUUGGCGGGUGCCAUUUUUUUCCCAUGUGUUUUCAUCACGAUACAGUACAUUCUGCAAAACAGCUGGAUCGGUCGUCAGAUAUGUCGUCUUUAUUCUCUUAAAAAUCAUGGCGUCUACGACAUCAGCAACAAACUUACUUCUUCUGUCUUUGCAAUACUAGCAUGUUACUGCGGCAUGUACGUGUACAUGAACUGUGGUGAGGAUGUACUCAACGAACGGUUCUAUAUACUCGAGAAUUACCUCAUAUUUGGUGUAUCGUACUUCUUCUACGACUGUGUCACUAUGUACAUGGUGUACAGCACUGAAGAGAAGGAGGAUGUUACAGUUUCUUCCAAAGAAAUAAUCAGGUUUUGUAAAGACCGCCCUUUAAUUCUUCUUCAUCAUAUUUUUGUUCCACUUGUUGGGUUCCCUGCACUAAUGUUUGCAAGGGGCGGACAAGGAGAUUGUUUAUUGGGAACAUCAUUCUUAGUUGAAGCUUCUACACCCUUCGUGUCAUUUAGGGUAAUCCUUUGCCAUCUAGGUUUAAAGGACUCCCCUGUGUAUAUUAUAAAUGGAUUGAUUAUGCUCGUCACCUUCUUCUUCUGCCGAGUAGCAAUAUUCCCUUGUCUGUAUGUGUGGUAUGCAAGGUUGGAGGGAUUCACUGUUCUACUCUCUGUUCCUCUCUGGGUUCAUCUAGCAGUGGCGGGACUAUGGUUCCCUCAGCUCCUAUGGUUUGUAAAGAUGGUGAAGGGAUCCAUUAAACUGAUACGAGACGCGAAUAAGAAGAAAUCAAUCAAGACAAACUGAUCUACAGUUCUAAAGAUCUACUGAUCAACUGAUCUACUUAUCAACUGAUCUACAGAUCUACAGAUCUUUUAAUCAACUGAUCAACUUAUCUACUUAUCUACUGAUCUACAGAUAUACUUAUCUUCUGAUCUACUGAUAAACUGAUCAACUGAUUAACUGAUCAACGGAUAAACUGAUCUAUUUAUCUACUAAUAUAAUGAUCAACUUAUUUACUUAUCUACUGAUCUACUGAUCCACUGAUUUUUGUAUCAACUGAUCUGCUGAUUAACUAAUCUACUAAUUUACUGACCAAUUGACCUGCUGAUCUGCUAAUCGACUGAUCUAUUGAUCUAAUGACCAGCUGAUCAACUGAUCAACUGAUCUACUGAGCUACUCAUCUACUGAUCUACUGAUCUACUGAUCAACUGAUCUACUGAUCAACUGAUCUACUGAUCAACUGUUCAACUGAUCUGCUGUUCAACUAAUCUCUGAUCUGCUGUUCAACUAAUCUGCUGAUCUGCUGAUCACUGAUCUGCUGAUCUCCUGAUCUACUGAUCAUCUGAUCUACUGAUCUACUGACAUAGUGGUAUACUGAUCAACUGAUCUACCAAUCUAUUGAUCAACUGAUCAAAUGUGAAGAGAUCAACUGUUUACAGCUUAAAAAAUCAAACAGGUCACCAGAUGAAUAAACGGAUUUAUGUUUCAAAGAAUUCGAUCUAAACUAGUUUUAUUAUUUAGAAUUUAUGUUUAUAUAAAUGUGACAAGGAUUUCUAGUCAAAGGAAAGGUCGACAUGAAAGCGACAAAUUUAAAGUGACUUUCUCAAUAUUUAAAUGUUGUUGUUAAAUUCAAAUUAAAGAUUGGUUAAGUAUAACUUGAAUUUUGCCAUCAGUCCCUUUUCUUAAAUGAAGUGUAACAAUAAACGAGGAUUUAAGCUCAGAAAAUGAUCUAAAUAAGCGAACUAUGACAAUUAUGUAUAGAAAAUAUAAUAAAUAAAAUAUUUAUUAAAAUGUAAAA